AAAACUGAGUGUGUCUAUACCUUUCCAAGACACAGACAUGAUGAGAACAACGCUUCUUUGUGUGUAUCUAACUAAUGUCUUUUUAGGUCCUUCUCUGGGAACAACAGCUGAGACUGGUCCGGUGGUCUCCCUGAAGAGUGGCAAAGUUCGGGGAAAGUACAUAAGCGUGAAAGGCAUAGAGCAGAGGGUGCAGCAGUAUCUGGGAAUACCAUUUGCCCGUCCACCUCUGGGCCCCCUGCGUCUCGCUGCACCACAGCCUGUAGAGCCAUGGGAGGGAGAGUGGGACGGUACCCGCCAGCCUCACAUGUGCAUUCAAGAUCCAAUUAUUGCUCAAAACAUUGUAAAAGCAAUGGCAAUUGAAUGUAACCUGCCAGAUGUGUCAGAAGAUUGUCUUUAUCUUAAUGUGUACACGCCUAAAGAAGCGGCAACCGGCGAAAAACUACCUGUAUUCUUUUGGAUUCAUGGAGGUGGCUUGUCAAUGGGUGCAGCAUCUCAAUAUGACGCCUCACCCCUAGCAGCCUAUCAGAACAUGGUCGUAGUUGUCAUUCAAUAUCGUCUUGGAAUUUUGGGAUUCCUGAGCACUGGAGAUAAGCAUGCAACUGGAAACUGGGGUUUUCUGGACCAGAUUGCAGCUCUAAAAUGGGUUCAGGAGAACAUUGAACGCUUCGGAGGGGACCCUUUAUCUGUCACCAUCGCCGGGGAAUCAGCGGGGGGCAUCAGUGCCUCCAUACUGACUAUGUCCCCGUUAGCAAAAGGAUUAUUUAAUCGAGCAAUUUUCCAAAGUGGAGUGGCAACAUUAGACACUUAUACUACAAAAGACCCUCUUUCUCAAGCUAUGGUGGUGGCUAAUUUGGCAGAGUGUGACAACACCACUAAUGAGCAGCUUGUCAAAUGUUUAAGAGAGAAGACUAAAGAGGAAUUGGUGAACACUACAAGAAAGAUGAAAAUCAAUAUGGGAGCGACUGUCGAUGGAGUGUUUCUGAAAGACGAGGUUGAGAAACUUUUAAAGAGGAAGGAGUUCCAAAAGGUUCCUGUGCUCCUUGGAGUGACAAACCAUGAGUUUGGAUGGAUCCUCCCCUCGUCCUUUGCUCCACCUGGAUGGUCAGAGGGCUUAGACAGGCAGUCUGCCAUGUCAGUACUGAACAUUUUCUAUCCUGCAGGGGCCUCUGGAAGAAACAAACUCAUUGCAGAUGAAUACCUUAAGGAUGCAAAAAAUCCUCAGGAGAUCCGUGAUGGUUUCACUGAAAUGCUAGGAGAUCUGUUCAUGGUUCUGCCUGUUAUUAAAGUUGCUGGAUACCACAGAGAUGCAGAUGCCCCAGUAUACCUAUAUGAGUUCCAGCACCGGCCAGAGAUGCAUAAAGACACCAGACCCAGCUUUGUGAAGUCCGACCAUGCUGAUGAUAUUGGUUUUAUGUUUGGAUCGUGCUUUUGGAAUGGGCAUAUUAAGAUAACAGGAACAAUAACUGAAGAGGAGAAGACGCUGUGCAAGACAAUGAUGGCAUAUUGGGCUAAUUUUGCUCGCACUGGCUCACCUAACGGGGAGGGCUUGGUACAGUGGCCCCUGUAUGACCAGAAAGAAGAGUACAUGGAGUUGGGUUUGAAGCAGGUGGUUUCUCAGGGCCUGAAGAAGGACAAGGUGCACUUCAUGAAUGUUGUCCUUCCUGACCAGCUCCGCAGCCUGUCAGCACCAGCCGGAGGGGGGAACUGACUCCAUUUGCAUUAUUCUCACACAGCAAAAGAAAACCUUUGUCAAAAAAUUUAGAAAACAGUUGAAAUUAGAAAAAUGCUAAAAUUAAGCAAAAUAUAUUCUGUAAACAAGAAUAUAAGGCUUGUUCAGAUUUGUCGUUUUGUCUGAAUUAGACUUUACCUGUGGGUAGAAUUUUCUGUUUUGUAACAAGAAAAUUUUUCUCAUUGCACUGGCAGAUUUUUUUUCUUCAUUCAGGCAUUUUUUGUGGUACAACACAGCACAUGUCAUUCUUGUUAAUGAUUUUUGUAGGUAGGUCUAGACUCUUAACUGAAAUAUAUAACAGACAACUUUUCAUUGCAAA